CUCGCAGAUUAUCGUCUAGUGGUUCCCGCACCAGCUGUUCGUCAUGAAACUGGGAAAUUUCCUCAUCUUGUCUUUCGUCAUCGGUGCGAUCAGCGAAGAGGACUCGACGGAGCCAGCCUUCUCGGAUCAAGACAACGCAUACACCAACGUGACAGUGGUAGUCCUCCCAGACCACGACCAGGACCUCAAUUCAACCUCGGAGGACACAAAAACUCAGAAGCGGGGCAUCUUCGGCGUGGGCUACGGUCUCGGCCAAGGCACCGGCUAUUACGGACCCUCCGUCUACGCGCCGGCUGCCUACGGAGUCCCCGGAGGCUAUGGCCACACCUUGGGCGGCUACGCCGUCGGCCACGGAGUCAAGUUCAGCGGGAUCCCUGGCGGGGUCUACAACCACGCUCCUGCCCCGGCUCCAUUCUACGGCUUCAACUACGGCUACAAACUGGGCCAGCCCAUCAGCCACGGGGUCGUCAAAGCCGUCACCAUCCACCAGGAAGUCCCGGUCGCCGUCCCGCAGCCAUACCCAGUCCCGGUCGAGAAGAAAGUCCCGUACCCGGUCAAAGUCCCCUACGCAGUCCCAGUUGACCGCCCAUACCCAGUCCACGUCCCCAAACCAUACCCAGUGACGGUCGAGAAACCAGUGCCGUACCCGGUGGAAAAGCCAGUCCCGUACCCGGUCAAAGUCCCCGUCAAAGUCCCAGUCUCACACCCGGUCCCGUACCCUGUGCCCAAGCCGUAUCCAGUUCCCGUAUCCAAGCCUGUGCCCGUGCCAUAUCCCCAGCCGGUGUAUAUAAAGAAGACAAUCCCGGUGUACAUUGGAGGUUCGGGUGGCGGACACUCGUAUCCGUUACCGCCCAGUAGUAGCGGGAGUGUGUACCCACCUAGUAGUAGUGGGAGUAUAUAUCCGCCUAGUAGUGGUAGUAGUGGUUGGUAUCCACCCAGUAGUAGUGGGUGGUAUCCGCCGAGUAGCUCUGGGCAUACACCACCUACCAAGUACCACAACCCGACCUACAUUAAUGCGAUGGGUGGUUUUGCCAAUACUGCAGGUGGGCUCGGUAAGUACGGAGGCAUCGCUGCUGGGUCAGUGCCCUACGGACCAAUAGGAAGUUAUUCAGAGCACCCGGAAGUGGUCAGUACUUUGGACGGUGAACAUAGCAGCAGCAGUGAUCCGAGUGGUCCCAACAUCGGCGCUCCCGAGAGCUACGAGAGUCCCAGUUACAGCGAUGAGGCUCACAUGACACAGAUAAGUCGAGUCCCUCCACCUAAUGCGUUGCUCAACCAUGCCGUUCUCAAUAUCAAAUUUCUUGGUGAAUUUCUUGUCAUGAUCGCUAAAAUGUACAUUGAUUAUGAAACUUCAAUCAAAAGAACCUGCCAAACAGAAGCUCUUAUUUUGUGUUGCCGCUUCUUGAUUUUGAAACUGAGUCAUAUGCACUAUCUUUUACCUGGUAAACUCUCCGUGGGCUUGACCUUGCUUACUGCUCUGGCGCUAGCUAGCUUUGUCUACGCAGAGGACAAAACCACAACUAAGGCGGCCGAAAAAGAUGGCAAGAAGCAAGACAAGCGAGGUCUCUUCGGCUUAGGCUACGGAUACGACUCUUACUCCGGCUACGGACUCGGCUACGGCCACGAUUCCUUCGACUCCUUUGGACACGGAUUAGGCAGCUACGGAAGCUACGGCGGCUACGGAUCCGGAUACGGUCACGGUCACGUAUCCCACGUCACAACCACCCUCACCAAGGAAGUCGCCGUCCCGGUCCCAGUCCCGCAACCCUACCCCGUCCACGUCGAGAAACACGUCCCCGUUCCCGUCCCCGUCAAGGUCGCCGUCCCCGUCGACAGGCCGUACCCCGUCCACGUACCUAAACCCUACCCAGUAGCCGUCGAGAAGCCAGUGCCUUACCCCGUUGAGAAGCCAGUGCCUUACCCAGUUCACGUACCAGUCAAGGUGCCUGUCGCUCACCCGGUGCCAUACCCAGUGCCCAAGCCCUACCCGGUCGCCGUUGAGAAGCACGUGCCAGUCCCGUACCCGCAACCAGUCUACAUUGAGAAGUCCCACGGUUACGGACAUGGCUACGGACACGGCAGCUACGGAAGUUACGGCAGCUACGGCCACGGAGACUUCUCCGGCCUGAGCCUGCAUGGUGGUUACUCGUCCUAUCAUUGAUCUCGCUUGUUUAUUGUCUUCCUCUUUUCCUUCUUAGCUUUUAAGGUCUUUUGUAAAUCAAAAAUUAAAUAUAGGGUCCUUUUUGUACAAACUUUCUAAA